AGUAAUCAAAAUAGCCCUGGUAACCAUGAAGCUUAAGCUAUUUUUUGGCAGUUAACCAAUGAACAUAGUAGCCCUAGCAAAAAGGGAAAAAGUCAAACCUGACACCACCGAAAAAAUGGCUCAGUCUUACGGCAGCUAUCGCACGAGAAACGAGAAAAAAAUUCUGUGAAAGAAAAAUUCAAAGAAAAUUUUUGGCGUUUAAGCUAAUCAUGGAGUUGCCAUCCAUGGUGGAACGUUCAGGAGAUCAAUUGGUGGUGCGCAGUUUGGUAAAUGGUGCGCCGCUGUAUCAGUCAUCCACGGAAAAUGCAGUGGGGAUGGAUCUCAAAAUGAUUCAUGAUAUACAGCCUUUAAUGGCUGCGGAUGCCCUAGAACGCCAACUGGAACAAUACAGGAUGAAUACUUAUUCCCUACCGUUACCUGGUUCUGCUCCCUUGGGAAAUACUGCUCCUGUAGACUUCACCAAGGAAAAUGUAGAAAACGGACUGUCAGAAAAUAUACCUUCCCUUAAUGAGGAGGAGCUUCCUCAGUGCAAAAUACGGCGCAACUAUAGCUGCAACCAGUGUGCAUUCUUCACCCAAAAUCCCCGUAGUCAUCUCUCCCAUCUUCGCGACGUCCAUGGCGAGCGGAUUGUGAUUAAUGAGUGCAAGCUGUGUCUCUACGCCUCGCGGCAUUUCCAAAAGCUUGUGCGGCACAUGAAAAUGGUACAUGGCUGCUCCGAUGAUGGUGGCGCAAUGCCUGGAUCCAGUGUCCAGAUGCGAGGCAAGCGUAACCUUUCCAGAGAAGUUCGCAAGCGCCGACUAGAGGAAAGCAUCGAAGUGCAGGCUACGGCUGGUCCAAACAUUAAUCCUACCCUGCUGCGGAUGUUACAGAAUGGGCCGCCAUUGGACCAGCUGAAGAACGAACUGCAGCAGCAGGAGCAGCAGCUGCUGGCCAGUGUCCACGCCUACAACAGACAGCAAGAGAUGCUACAACUCCAACAGAUCGUAGAUAGCCACGACAACAUCUUCUCCAUGGCCUAUGAGUUCCAAACCAAGUUGAUGCCGGCGAAACAGACAGUAGCCCAGAAAUUGGAACAGAAUAACAGCAGCUCCGAUUCCGAGGAGCCAUCAAAAAGUCCCUCGCCGGAUACCUUGGAAUUGCCGCCAGGAGUGCAGCAGUUCCAGUGCCAGAAGUGCUCGUAUAGUACCCCCAUUCGGGCCAGAUUCAAAAAGCACGUUAAGUACCACUCAAUGCCGCUGAUUAAGUGCAGCUCCUGUGAUUUCCACACACCCUACAAGUGGAAUCUGGACCGCCACACCAAGAACCAUGGUGCCCAUGGACAUUUCAAAUGCUCAGCCUGUGACUUUAGCACUGAUAUCAAGCAGUCCCUAACUAUACAUGAGUUGAACCAUCAUGUGCCCACUAUAGGUCUCCAAAUGAGCACUAAACGCCGAGAUGAGGCAGCCGAUCAGAUGGAUCAACAGGCAAGUGGGUCCAGGAAGCCAGAUGCGAACAAAGUCUCUCCUCCCAUUGCAGCACCGGACUCUACGCUGACGGAGCUUCCAGGGAUCGUUUGCUCCCACUGCCAAAAGCGGAUGGGUAAUGCCAUAGAGUUGAUCAAUCAUCUCCAAGUUUGUGCCCCGGCUUUGCGCAACACGACUCAAUUGCAGGCAGUUCUAAACGGGGAGGAGGAUCUUCAGGAGGAUGACUUGCCCAGUGCUCCUACUGAUCUUAGUUAUUGCGGUGUGGAAACAGCUCCUGGCUAUGGGGAGGUCACUGAGGUUUUGCCCGAUGAAACCGAUGAUUUAGCGCCGUUAAAAAAGGUUUUUAAGUGCCCCCAUUGCACAUUUUGGGCAGCCACUGCCUCGCGCUUCCAUGUCCACAUCGUGGGCCAUCUGAACAGAAAGCCCUUUGAAUGCUCUCUGUGCGCAUAUCGUUCCAACUGGCGCUGGGAUAUCACCAAACACAUCCGCUUGAAGGCUAUCCGAGAUAGGUCCCAUAAUCAGGCCCAGGUGCUAAUGAACGAUGAAACUGGGAGGCGCAAUUAUGCGAAAUACAAUCAGUAUCUAACUUUGAUGAAGGUGUCUGCGGAUCAGGUAGCUGAUACCAAAAGCAUGCGUACUGGUGAAAUGAUUGCGAUGCCACCACAGAAGCUGGCGGAGCACCAUUCCAUAGACGCAGAGGAGAAAGUUACAGCCGAUCUAGUGCCCAUUGAAAUGUUAGAUAGUGCUUCUUCGUCCUCGGCUUUAGAUUUAAGCAAGCCCAAGGACGGAUUGGUGGGUAGACGCAGCAUGGACAAAGAAGCAUAUAUUAAUCUUAGUGAUUCCCACAAGGAAAACCCGUCUCAAGCAGCCAAUGGCACUCAUUGGCUCAGAAAUUCAAAAAAAUGUAUUACCUUGGAUUCUCAAGUAAUGUCUAAGGAGUCGCCUCUGGAUUUGACGAAGCCGGAUGAUGAUCAUUCAGAGGAAACGACAAGCGGUGACGAAUCUCCAGAGUCUACGGAAAGCGAUUAGGG